AUGGUCUCUGAUCCACUAGACGAGGACUACACUCCCGAGCCAGACACGAAAAUGUCGAAACGAGCUCGUAUAAUCCUCGACGAAGAUGACAUUGAUCGAGUUAGUGAUUCCGACGAUACCAGUAGCGUCAACGUCCCUGACGAACCUAUAGACGUAGACGCCAUAUCUGCAAUCUCUACACUACGUGAAUUCUGUGGUGUCGAUGCUAAAUCAGAUACAGUGCUGAAUGAAUUGCUGAGGAAGUAUGAUGGUGAUAUUCAACGAUGUGCUGCUGCGUUCUUUGAUUUGCCUGUAUCGGGACGUACUGGGGCUGCAUCGACGUUGGAAAGGUGCAGUAAACGAGUCAAGCUGGAUUGUGUCGAGCCUGAUGUGUCGAUGGUGGUGGAUGUUAAUGAGCUUGAUCUGAUUGAGUUUCCUGUGUUUAUUGGAGAGAUCGUGAUUCCUGUCCUAUCAACUGUGAAAUCAUAUCCAAACACCAUCGUUUCCUUUGCCGAUGUGGUGGAAUUCGAACGUCCGAAACCGGCCCUUACUCUACCAAAAACGUCGACCAAGAAAUUGGGCAAAUCUAGCACCAAUAGCAGUAGUGGUGGUGGUAGUAGUUCAGCAGGUCGACCUACCACGGUCAAAGCUCAAAACACGAUUGUACGAGUCAACAAGAUUGAAAGGCCGGGAGUUCGUAGAGAAGUGGGCAAGAUUGCUUCGGAUCAGUCUUGGGCUUCCAAUAUCACGAAAUUGUUGGAUAAUGGUUUGGCUACAUUCACAGCCAGCAUCGUCGACGUGCCCAACAAACUCGAAACCUUUACCCAAUUCUACGUAUCCGCUCGCGUAUCCCUCACACGUCGAGCAUUCGAAACAGCCACACUCGGAGAUACCGAAGAAGACGAGAAACGAGUCAAGGAUCGUAAAAUAGCCUUGACGUGGGUAUUCGCUCAAAUAGGACUCGUGCCUGCCGCCGACGUGCCCUCUGAGAACGAUGAUGCUACAUCAACAGCCAUCAAGGAUGAAGACUUGCGAGCUGAAGUCACUGUAAACGAUCUCACGAAUAUAUAUAAACAGGCACAGAAGUACGAUCGUCCGCAGUCUGAGUGUGAGCCUGCGGAUGGAUUUCAGGUUGAGCUGAGACCGUAUCAGAAGGAGGCGCUGGCGGUUAUGAUGGAGAUGGAGGCGGAUGGGAAGGAUCAGAAAGGAACAUCGCCUCUGAGUCCGUUGUGGAGGAGGUUUGUGUUUCCAGGAACCGAUCAAGUAUUUUAUAUGAACCCGUACACUGGAGAGCUUUCCAUCAAGUUUGUACCCAUGGAAAGGACGAGAGGAGGAAUUUUGGCUGAUGAGCAAGGGCUUGGAAAGACUAUUGAAACGCUGGCUCUGAUACACACGAAUCCUAAACUACCAUCUUUGAAGAGCAGUAGCGGCAGUACUGCCGGCUCAUCAUCAUCUCUUGGACGAAGCGUCAAAGAAAUUCGAUCAACGUUGAUAGUGUGUCCUUUAUCUGUGCUUGCGCAGUGGAGACAAGAAGCUCUCAAGUGUCUUAGAACUGAUCCCUCAGUGCCCGCUUCAAGUAUUGUCGAAGAGUACUAUGGCAGCAACAGGACACUCAACGACAAGAAAAUGUUCAGGAGAGGCGACAAAGGGCCGCCUGUUGUUAUCACGACAUAUGGUGUAGUUGGAUCAGAGUUUGAAAAGGAAGGAUCGCCUUUAUUCUCAACUACUUGGUACCGAAUUGUUCUUGAUGAAGCUCAUUUCAUCAAGGAGCAAAAUACAAGACAGUCAAAAGCGUGUUGUGGGCUUUUAGCUGAGCGUCGAUGGGCACUUACAGGAACACCAAUACAGAAUAAACUUGAAGAUCUGUACUCCUUGAUCAACUUUCUCAAACUACCGCCGUGGGAUAACUUUAGUUUCUGGAGGUCUUUUAUAUCUUUGCCAUUCGAGAAGAAGGAUGUAAGAGCCCUGGAAGUCGUAACCGCUAUCUUGCAACCCAUUUUUUUGAGACGAACCAAGGACCAAAAGUCUGCUGAUGGUAGUUCUAUUGUCAAACUGCCGCCCAAGAAUAUCGAAGUCGUGUAUCUGGACUUUAGUAAAGAUGAGCAGAUUAUUUAUGAUUCUUUGUUGAAGGAUUCAAAGAGACGGCUUAAUGAUGGCAAUGGUCGUUACACAUAUGCACACGUAUUUGAGAUGAUUUUACGAUUACGGCAAAUGUGCGACCAUCCAUUCCUUGUUGCUGCAUUUGCCAAGACUACGCUGGAAACGAUUGGAAUGGAGGAUCUCGUCCUUCAAUAUUGUCAAACUGGGACCGAAUCGACCGCAUAUAUGGAAUCAGUCAUGAAGGAGCUGCAACAACAGGCAAUAGUCGAUACAGAAUGUGUUAUUUGCAUGGAUACUAUUGUCGCUGCUACUAUUAUACCAUCGUGCCUGCAUACGGCUUGUCGUGAUUGUCUUUUUGAUUAUAUGGAGCGUUGUGAAGCUCAAGGCAAACCCACAGAAUGCCCUACAUGCCGGAAACCUUGCUCUGAAAAAGAAUUGCUCUCAGUCUUACGAAAGACUACUAAGGCCAUCACCAUGCCUGGCUCAUCCAAACAUGCUAACAAUAGUAAUAGUGACGAUGACCUUGAAGACGACGACGACGAUGAAAAGACAUCCACCCAAAAACCAAAACUACAACAAACCACCGUAAAAUUGUCAUUCGCAAAAGGAGUCGCAUUCCGCCCAUCCGCCAAAAUCAAGGCUCUUGUCUCCUUCUUACGAGCCACACCAAAAGAUGACACACCGCCCAUAAAAACAAUCGUCUUUUCGCUCUUCACAUCCAUGCUGGAUCUAGUGGAACAAACACUGGACGAACAAGGGAUUGAAUGGUGUCGUAUCGAUGGAAGCGUAUCACAAAAGAAGAGGGAGCAAGUGUUGCAGCGCUUCCAGAAUGAUGGGAAGGACGCUCCUACUGUUAUGCUGGCCAGUUUGAGAGCUAUGGGGGUUGGAGUGAAUUUGACGGUGGCUAGUCAGGUUGUACUGCUUGAUCCGUGGUGGAAUCGGGCCGUCGAAGAUCAAGCGAUGGACCGCGUACAUCGUUUUGGCCAGAUUCGGAAUGUUGAAGUCCGACGGUUCAUUGUUAGAGGAACUCUUGAAGAAAAGAUCCUCGCCAUUCAAGAACGCAAAUCCAAUAUCGCUGGUGCCGUCACUGCUGGUGAAGAUACUCGAAUGACGCUUGAGGAUUUAAAGGCACUUUUCGACUGA